GCGAGUCUCAGUUUGAAAGCCGCGUUACCGGCAGCGCGAGGAGGAGGAGAGGGGGACCCGAACCUGGACCAACCGCCCCUACAUUUGCUCGCAAACGAACCAACCCCGGGCCCGAGCGCCGGGAGAGCGAGGACAGUAUGGGGCCGAGAAAAAAUACAAAACGUGUUCCAAGUUUUCACAAACUGUUGAAAACCAGCAAUAUAAAGCUUGCAAAUAAAUUAAAGAAUAGACAGUAUAAGCAGCAAAGUGUUGCCAGGAAGUUCAAGAAAGAACAGAAACAACUUCGACAAGCAGUCCGAGAUGUUUCAGCUAAAGUACCGACUCCAAUGGAUCAACCCAAAAGGAAAAGGCCAGAAGAAGAAGAAAUUGAAGAUGACGCUCUUCCAUUAGAUAUGCUAGAGGAAGAUGAUUUAGACUAUAUGCAAAGCAUUGGUCAAAAAGCAUAUUUUCUUACCAGGGAUCUAUCUUCCAGUGAACCAAUCCAUGCUAAAAAACAAAAGAAGAAAAAUUUAGUGGCAUCAUAUGAAAAGGUGCCCAGGAAAUUACAAGCUGAACCUGAGAAAGAGCUCAUUCAUUUGCUGCCUAUCAAAGACAAGCGUGGUCUCAUUCCACAGUCUAUAGAGAAGUCAAUUAUAAAAGAGGAGUCUGAAGAAGAAGAAAUGUCAGAGGAAGAUGAACAACAUGGGGAAGUUGCUCCAAGUCUUCCAGUAUUGACCACAGAGGAACUACAGUUACAGCGAAGAAAGACAUUACAUGAAAGAAAAACUCACAUUGCCAUGUUAGCAUCGUCCAUCUUAUCUGAGCCAGAUAAAAAUAUCAAAAGGUUAAAAGAACUACGUGCUAUGUUAAUGGAAACGGAUCCAAAUGUUGCAGUAACUGUGCGGAAAUUAGUGAUGAUAUCUUUGAUGGAACUUUUCAAGGACAUCACACCUUCCUACAGGAUACGGCCUCUCACUGAAUCUGAGGAAACUGCAAAGGUGAAGAAAGAAACACGACACUUGCGAGAAUUUGAAGAAGGAUUAGUGAGUCAGUACAAGUAUUAUUUGGAAAAUCUUGAACAGACUAUCAAAGACUGGAAACAAAUGAAGCUAAAGAAGAGUGAUGUUGUUUCUUUAAAAGCCUACAAAGGACUGGCAGAGGUGGCAAUAAAAUGCUUGUGUGAAUUGCUGGUGGCUUUACCACAUUUUAAUUUCCAUAACAACAUUACUGUGAUGAUUGUUCCGCUCAUGAAUGAUGCAUCAAAACAGAUUUCAGAAAUGUGUUGCGAGGCAGUUAAAAAGCUCUUUAAGCAGGACAAAGUUGGCGAGUCUUCACUUACAAUGGUCAAAGUCAUUUCUGGCCUUGUUAAAAGCAGAAAUUACGAAAUCAAAUCUGAGGUGCUGAACACCUUUCUUUCCUUGCGAAUUAAAGAAGUGGAGGUUAAGAAGGAUUCGGAAGACAUUGCCCCUAAAAAGAAAUUCAUGACAUUCAAGGAAAAACGCCAAAGUCUCUCCAGGAAGCAGAGAAAGUGGAAAAAAGCAGAGGAGAAACUAGAGAAAGAACUUCUAGAAACAGAAGCUUCAGAAAGUAAAGAAAAAAAACUAAAACUGCACACUGAAGUCCUAAACAUUGUGUUUCUGACAUACUUUAGAAUCUUAAAGAAAGCCCAGAAAUCAGUUCUUCUUCCUGCUGUCCUAGAGGGCCUUGCCAAGUUCGCUCACGUCAUAAACAUCGAGUUCUUUGAUGAUCUCUUGGAAGUGCUGCAUUCUCUCAUUGACUCUGGGGAUCUUAGCUACAGAGAGUGCCUUCACUGUGUUCAAACUGCCUUUUGUGUGCUUUCUGGUCAAGGUGAUGUGCUGAACAUUGACCCUAUGAAAUUUUACAAUCACCUUUACAAAAUGUUGUUCAAGUUACAUGCUGGUCACACAAACAAAGAUGUUUUGAUUGUGCUACAGUGUUUGGAUGCGAUGCUAACAAAACGCAGAAAGCAAGUUUCUUUACAACGUGUCCUUGCUUUUUUUAAGCGCCUGAGUACACUUGCACUUCAUGUUCUGCCUGAUUCAUCUAUUGGUAUACUGGCUUCCAACAGAAUAUUAAUGAGCACAUUUCCUAAAAUGGAUAUUUUACUAGACAAUGAGUCUCAGGGAAGUGGACUUUAUCUUCCAGAACUGGAUGAGCCUGAAUAUUGCAAUGCACAGAACACUGCUUUGUGGGAGUUGCAUUAUCUCAAGAGGCAUUAUCACCCUGUGGUGCAACGCUUUGCAACGCAUCUUAGUGUUGGUGCUCCAUCAGAGGGUUCAGGAGCUCUGAGACCUGAACUCUGCAGAAAGCACGCUACAGAACUAUUCGAGGAGUACAGUAUGAACGAGAUGACAUUCAAUCCUCCAAUUACAUCCUCUGUAACAACAAGCAGAAAGACAUCUGCAAUGCAGCAUAUGUUCCACGACUCAGCUCUGCAACAACAGAUCAACCAGCUCCUUGAAAGCCCCUGCAUUACUGAUGACUUCAACUUUGCUGAAAUUUUCCACACAGAAUCCACCUGCAGCUGAUUAGCUGGAAGCAUUUAGAUGUUAACUCCAAAUGGAACACUCAAUAAAUACAUUUUAUAACUUUAAAACAUUGCAUAUGUUGAUACAGAUCUGAAAGGGAAGGUGGAAUGUUUCAGUUGCAACUUUAAGGCUAAUCAUGGUAUCCAUGCUCAAUGUCUGUAUAUAUGUAAACUUAUUUGUAUGAAACAUCUUACUCAACUGCACCUUUAAAAUGUAUUAAAGGAUAAAGCAUUCACCUUGA